AUGGAUCCGCCGGUAACCCACACGCAGAAGCUUUUAAUGGCGCACGGUAAAUAUUUUUUUCCUAUUUUUUCGCAAUCAAUUCUUAUUCCCAACAUAAAAUGUUUUUGGUCUUAUGUACAAGCCAAAAAAAUUUUCUACGGCAUUAAGUGUCUCGCAGACAUGGCGUCGUUAUUGCAAUCCAUCAAAACUCUCAAUUGGCCUCAAGGAAAAGUAAUGGAGUUUUAUCUAGUUUGAGUACAUGUAAAGGGUUUCGUGAAAAUGAAAAACCGCGAAAAUUUGGUUUCGAAUUUCAGAAUUUCGAAAAACUAAAAAGAAACAAAAAGUCAAAAUAAAAACUAUUAUUAGAUCGAUCCCAUAAUAUCGGAUUUCAGAAUUACCCAAGUUCUUUAGCCUUGAUAGUUUAUUGGCGUACAUCCGGAAAAUCUUUGAGAAGCCAUACUGCAAUUAAGCUGAUAAGUCCGACCGAUCUCUCUAUAAAACCAGACAAUGGUCAUGCUAAAGCUCUUCUUGGAUUCAACCUUUCUGUAUUUUCAAUCUGGAGCCGUAUCCGAAAGUUUUCUUCAAUUAUUUCAUUGAAAUCAAGAGAAAAUGAAAAUUAAUAAAUAAAGAUGAUUUUAGUGUUUGCAGAAAUGUCGAAAACUAUUUGAUAAACCAGCUUGCACAAAAAACUUUUAGGCAUCCUGAUGACUUUUGCAUUCUCGGUGUUUAUGUCCACAGGGAUUCUGUUCGCUCGGCACUUCCGCCAUCACUGGCCCUCCACUCCUAUAAUGGGCAUCAAGAUUUGGUUUCAUGUAAGAUUCACAAAAAAUUCAUUUUCUAACUACCGUUUCAGCUACACCGCACUAUCAACUUGAUAGGAAUCGCUGCGAGUAUCUGUGGCUUCGCCAUUAUUUUCGUCGUCAACGACUGGCAGUGGGUCGGACCAUCUCCCUCUCGUACCUCCGUCGAGGUAUUCUUAUUCUUUUCUUCUUUUUUGGAAUAAGAAGCGUGACGAUGUGAUAAUUUCCAAAGGAAUUAAACUUUUUUUCCCUCGAACCUUUACCUAGGAUGGGCUCGAGACUUCAAUUACAGAUCUGUUCCAAACCUUCGUAGUUAGUUCAAAGUGAAUUUCUUCUAAAAGAAGAAAGAAAGGCGCAUCUUGAAAUUUUGCAGUAGUAAACGCUCGAAAACUUGCGUAAUCCACUUCAAAACUAUAAAUUUACCCAAAUUCGACUGGACGCCUCAGGAAAUUUCCUGGCGAGGAAUGACCGUAGUUACAGAUGUAUAUCUAAAAGGGAGGUCAUUUUUUUAUAUGAAUCAGGGACCAUUUCAUAAUUUUUUUGAAUAUUAACUUUUCAAAGUUAUGAAAUAUAAAAGAGAUUUUUAGGGCUAUUUUUUUGUUGAAGGCGAAUUUUAACAAUCAACAACUCAAAUAUUUCGAGUUUUUAUUUAAAACUCUAAGGAACAUUUUGCGAAUUCACAAAAGUAUCCAAACUUCACAUUGAAAGGACCUUGAUAGUUGAGGUUAAUCCAAAAAAAUUGUUUGAAUUUUUUAAAGAAAAGUUAUCAGGCGAAAAAGAAAACGAACCAGGAGCGAAUUUAAAAAAAACAAGAAAAAAAGAAAAAAACUUGAUUCGAAGAGCAGCAACUUUUCCUUUUCGACUUUCUUUUCCAAAUUGUGAUACUCAGUUUUCGAGAAAAGAUUUUUCUCCCCGUUUUCUGCCAAAUGUACUUGAAUCUUUCUUUUUUCUCACACAGAGAUUGUUGUAAUCUGUUUGAUACUUCAGAACCGCAGAUGGGGGUCCGUCCAUUCGAUGCUCGGUCUUCUGGCCUGCGUCGUCGCCUGGGCACAGCCGAUCAUCGCGGUUUUCAGGUUUUCAGUUGUCCAGUGCUAUCAAAAUAUUAGUUAUUGAAGAUGCCAUCCCGGAGACAGAACUCGGUUUAUCUUCAACUGGAUUCAUCGGUUUUUGGGCUUCGGCGCUUUGCUAAUGGCUGGUCCGAAACCAGUGGAAUCACCUCUAAUCAAGGGUUUCAGCUGCUGCGACGAUGAUUGCCUGCAAACACUUUGAGCUUUUCACGAACCACGACGCCGCCUUCGGACUCUACAUCACGUUUUUGGUCGUCUACGGAGUCGUGCUCAUCGCCAUGGAGAUGCUCAGCGUUCGCCGUGAGUCUUUCAUUUUCAAUGGAUUUCUCGACGGCUGCCUACUAUGCCACAUGGCUCAUGUUUGGUGUGACUGUCUGGAAAUUCCUCGUCUUCUUGGUCGUUGUCGUCAACUCUUACUCUGUAGACAUUUGAACAUGUGAGAUCUUUUCAUAUUCUCGCGGAUUAAGUUGACUCGAGACGGUAUUUGAAAUAGCCGGAAUGGUUGAGCAAUGUACGCAUUGGUCGACGCAGUAUUUUCAGAGCUUUUCAGUUGACGGAAUUCGUUUGCAGAAAGCCCAACAAGAAAAAGUCUUUUCAUUUUAUUUUAGCAUUCAGGUGCUUCAAGGCAUGUAUUCCCUUUUAAAGGUCAAGAUAAUGGUUAAAACGGGGAUGCCUUUUAUUAACUUUUUGAAUAGGCUCUUCUAAGAUCUUAAAAUUGAAAAGAAAACUAAUCAUACAAGAAAGUGAAAACUGUGAGGUAUUCUAAGCGACGACGGGAAAUGUCAUGCUAACUUUCACCUCAGUACCUGCUCAGAGUUGGGCCCCAUUUUCAAUUUUUAAAUUUUGAAAAUUGAAAGGUUGUUGGACAGCUCAAAAAACUUUUUUGAGAUCAAAUUCGGACCAAAAAUCAAAGUUUCUAGUGAUUGCUUACUAAGUAGAGAUUGAAUUUAUAAUUUUAUUUGCAAAAACUUCUACUAGAAAAAACAAAACAAUUUACUUUUUGAUAAGAGUUUACUUUUGAAUAUUGAAGCGCCUUAAAAGCAAGUCAGUAUUUCUACUCCUUUCGUGAACUAGGGCGAAUCGAAGACGACCACUUUUUUUUCGGUCAAAUGUACAAUCUCGGGCAAAGUCGGAAUGGUGGAUAAUGGCCGCUAAGAGGGGGAGGCUCAAAAAAGGCAGCAAAAAGAGUCCCUUCGUCGAGCUUUUCAUUUUUUUUCUAUAAUUUUAAAGGCUCAAGAAAUGGUGAGAAAACAGAAAGACAGCAAAAAAAGAGCCUUUCUCACUCUAAAAAGAAGAAUUUCUAUGGAGCCUUUUUACACCCUUUCCGAAUUUGCCUGUGAUGUCAGCUUACUUUAGAAAUUGUUUUUUUUUUUUUUUUUUUUGGAAUUCCCUGUAUGCAACAAAAAUUGCUUUAGGUUGGUGGAAAAACCGGAAGCGCGUGAGCGAAAUCGAGAUGAGUCAUUUAGGAGCUUCUGGCCGUACAGAGCCCAUCGAGUACGUCGACGACGAUGACAACUCUCGGGUCCGUUUUAGUUGUUCGACCUUUUCCAAAUUUUUUUCAAAAUUCAAAACGCGUUUUUUUCAACGUCUUUUUAAAAAAAUUUACUGAUAUCCGCGAUUUCAGACAAACACCUUGUUACUGCUCUUGAUGGCUUUCCACUUGAUCGUCGCCAUUGGAGUUGCCGUGGCCAUUUCUGUGAUAAUCGCCAAAAAGAAGUGA